UAGAAAAAGUUUACGUACUUUGAUCAACGUAGACGCAAUGUAGUGUAUGUGUUUGUUUAGUGAACUCCGCAAAUCUCACUUGGGGGCAGAUGCAGUGGUUGCAGUCAGUCAGCUGUGCGCUUAAUCCUGUCAUGACAAACAAGUAAUGAAUGACACAAAACACAUCAACGAUGGAGGGAAUGCUAUACAAGUGGACCAAUUACAUAAGCGGGUGGCAACCUCGAUGGUUUGUGCUUGACGGAGGAACUUUGUCCUAUUAUGACUCUCAAGAGGAUGCUUGGAAAGGCUGCAAGGGGAGCAUUAAAAUCUCAGUUUGUGAAAUUCAAGUUCAUUCAUCUGACUCCACACGGCUUGACUUGACCAUACCCGGGGAGCAGUACUUCUACCUGAGAGCCAUCAAUGCAGCAGAGAGGCAAAAAUGGCUGGUUGCUCUGGGAACAGCAAAAGCUUGCCUAACAGACAACCGAACCAAAAGAGAGAAAGAACUCCAAGAGAACACAGAAGCACUCAAGACCAAGAUGUCAGAGCUCAGGUUAUACUGUGACCUCCUCCUUCAACAAGUGAACAAAAUCAAGGAUGAUGACAACGAGCUUGGUGACGCAGCAGAAACCGGCAUAGAAACGGGUGAGAUGGUGAAGUCGACCUGCACCACUUUCCUGAAGACCCUGGAGGAGUGCAUGCAGAUAGCCAAUCGUACUUUUGCGCCCGAUGCGUCCAAGCAGAGCCCGCCGGCGUCGCCUCCCAUCGCCGCCAUCAAACCACAGAAGAUUAAACCUGUCAAUCACUUGAAUCAGCGCUUCGGAGAAAAGUGGAGAGAUUUGUCAGAAACAGAGGUGUUGUCACAUGAUACCCGUAGCCUUGAUUCUGGCACAGAAGCACCAGAUGAACCCGUCGGACCAGAACGUCAACCUUGCCCGUCAAACCCGCGCGCAGCCAACGGCGACAACGCGAUCCAGGGGGAGCACGCCGAUCCUCUUCCUCCCACAUCUCAGAAUACCUCCGAAGGGAAAGGCUCCGCAGCAGGCGUUGAAGUCGAGGAGAAAAAUGAGACUCGCAGAAGGGACCGAAGCGCAGAGCGCGGUGGCACGCAGCCUCGGCAGGAAGCACUUCCUGACGGAAGCCAAGCUGACUGCGAAGAUGAGAUUUUCAAGGAUUCCACUGAGCCCGAAGAGCCAGUGGAGACUUUUUUCAGCACAAUGAGUCACAGAUUUAGUGAUAUAAAGCUGGAUGACGACAAUGGCAUCCCCACGCAAGAGUUUUUGGACUCAUGCUAUGCAAUAGUGCCUGUAUUAGACAAACUUGGCCCCACCGUCUUUGCGCCAGUGAAAAUGGACUUUGUGGGCAACAUCAAGAAGAUCAAUCAGAAACUGAUGUCGGACCCGGCCAGCUUCCCCACGCUGCAGUCCAUUGUGCUGCACGAGGUGCAUGCGCAGGUUGCUCAAGUGCGCAACUCGGCCACCGAGGCUCUGCUGUGGCUCAGGCGGGGCCUCAAGUUCCUCAAAGAGUUCCUGUCGCAGGUCAACGCGGGGGAGCAAGACAUACACGGAGCACUCAAUCACGCUUACGGCAAGACUCUUCGUCAGUAUCACGGAUGGGUCGUCCGGGGAGUCUUUGCGUUGGCGUUGCGCGCCGCUCCGUCCUAUCAGAGCUUCACGGCUGCCUUGGUGACGACCGAAGGCGACGAGCUGAAGAGCGGCUUCGCCAGCGGCAUGCACAGAGACCUCGGCGUCUACCUGCCCGCCAUGGAUAGGCUGUUGACCAUCCUGGACGCCCUCUAUGAGGAGUACAACCUGGAAUCUGACGAGGUGGUCUAAAACCCCGGCAUGUCCCCUGAAGGAAGUGGGCGGCGUCACAGAGAAGAGCCACGCUUUUUCCAAGCACUAAACGGAGCGUGAGGCGUUUCAAGACCUCAAAGUUACAAGACAGAACCAAGUCUGCACUGAAGAGCUUUCCGCAGAAUGAAGUGUAGUUUUUAGCGUCAAAUGUAUGUACAUUUAAAA